AUUUUCUUUUUCCUUUCUGGCGGGUGCGGAUUCAGACUAUUCUCCUCAAGACUGUUGUUGUUGUUACUAUUAUUAUGUCGAAACGACUCCGGAGCAGCGAAGUCUGUGCGGAUUGCAGCGCUUCAGACCCGUCGUGGGCCUCCGUCAACCGUGGGGUCCUGCUUUGUGAUGAGUGCAGCAGCGUCCACCGCAGCCUCGGCCGACACAUUUCCCAAGUCCGGCACCUCAAGCACAACCCCUGGCCACCAACACUCCUACAGAUGGUGGAAACCCUGUACAACAAUGGGGCAAAUUCUAUCUGGGAGCAUUCACUGCUGGAUCCAGCUUCAGUCAUGAGCGGAAGGAGAAAGGCCAACCCUCAGGAUAAAGUCCACCCGAACAAAGUGGACUUCAUCCGCGCCAAGUACCAGAUGCUGGCCUUUGUCCAUCGGCUUCCAUGUCGAGACGAUGACAACGUCACCGCCAAAGACCUCAGCAAACAACUGCAUUCGAGCGUCCGUACAGGGAACUUGGAGACCUGCUUGCGGCUUCUCUCUUUGGGGGCUCAGGCCAACUUCUUCCACCCAGAAAAGGGUAGCACCCCAUUGCACGUGGCAGCCCGGACGGGCCAGUUUCUUCAGGCAGAGCUGCUGGCCGUUUACGGGGCCGACCCAGGCGCACUUGACUCCACCGGGAAGACACCCAUCGACUAUGCCAAGCAAGGAGGGCUCCAUGAAUUGGCCGAACGGCUGGAGGAAAUCCAGUUCGAACUGACCGAUCGACUGGCCUUCUACCUCUGUGGACGGAAGCCUGAUCACAAAAGCGGGCAGCACUUCAUCAUCCCUCAAAUGGCCGACAGCAGUUUAGACGUCUCCGAAUUGGCCAAAGCAGCCAAAAAGAAACUCCAGUCGCUGAGCAAUCACCUCUUUGAGGAACUUGCGAUGGACAUUUAUGACGAAGUGGACCGGAGGGAGACCGACGCAGUCUGGCUGGCCACUCAGAACCACAGCACCCUGGUGACGGAGACCACGGCCGUCCCCUUCCUCCCCGUCAACCCGGAAUACUCCUCCACCCGGAACCAGGGAAGGCAGAAGCUGGCACGUUUCAACGCACAUGAAUUUGCCACGCUGGUCAUUGACAUCUUGGCUGACGCAAAGCGGAGGCAGCAAGGGAAUCCUGUCCCGAGUUCCAAAGAAAAUGUUGAGCUGAUCCUGAGGGCCAUAGGCACCGAGAGCCACGACCACGACCAGCCCGACUACGACAGCGUUGCCUCCGACGAAGAACUGGAUCCGGAUUCAAACUCGUCCAAGGCUCCGCGGCAGAAGAGCCUGGACUCGGAGGUGUGGGAGGGGGGCGCCAUUUCAGCGCAGGAGUUCCUCCAGGUGAAAAACGCCCUGGCGGCCUCAGAGGCGAAGAUCCAGCAGCUAAUGAAGGUGAACGUCAACUUGGGAGAUGAGCUGAAGAACAUGCAGAAGAAGCUCCAGACAUUGCAGAGUGAGAAUACAACCCUCCGCCGACAGGCCAACCCAUACACGACAGCCCUGUGUUCGGAUCACCCAGACCCUGGCGGAAAUGUUUCCUUGAUACGGCACCCUUCCUCCACCCGCGGGGGGUUGAGCGGCAACCGGCCAAUGUCCAUGUACGAGACGGGGUCGGCCCCCAAAGCCUACUUGCCCCUUGACCCUGAAGAGCCAUUCACUUCCUCCCGGCUUCAGCCUUUUCCUUCCCAUGCAACUAAACUGGAAAAGCAAAGCAGUCUCCCAGAGGGCGAUUAUGACAACGCAGUCCCGGCUCUGGAGCUGGAUGAGACGGGGCUCAGUAGAAAAUCCCGGCAGCGCAGUGCUUUCCGCCACGGUGAGGGCUCGUUCUCAGAGGGCAAGGACCCCGAUCCGAUUCCCGGUGCCGGUCUACCCAGCACCGAAGACGUCAUCCGCAAAACGGAGCAGAUUACCAAGAAUAUCCAGGAGCUGCUGCGAGCCGCACAGGAAAACAAGCAUGACAGCUACGUCCCGUGUUCAGAAAGGAUCCACGUGGCAGUGACGGAAAUGGCCGCCCUUUUCCCAAAAAAGCCUCGUUCAGAGCUGGUCCGGUCCUCGCUGCGCCUGCUGACUGCGAGCGCCUUCCGGCUGUUGUCUGAGUGUGCCAAAGCCCUCCUCCCCCCAGAGGCCCCUCCCACUGCCGACGUCCAGUUGGUCACCCAGCAGGUCAUCCAGUGCGCCUACGACAUCGCCAAGGCCGCCAAGCAGCUCGUCACCAUCACCACCAAAGAGAACAACAACUGAACAAAGAUCAGGAAGUGAUGUGUUCAUCUUUGAUUCGGAAGCAAUGCAUCAUCCCCACGAUCAUGGCCACCAUUUUUGUUUCAGAAGUGCAACGGUGGUGUCCAUCUUUGAUUCGAAAGUAGUGCAUUAUCCCAGCAGCCAUCUUUGAUUCCUAACUGAAGCAUCAUAGCCAUCUUUGAUUCAGAAAUGCAUCAUCUCGGUGGCUUCAUCCCCAUGAUGGCCAUCUUUGAUUCAAAAGUGAUGCCUCAUCUCCACGAUGACGGCCAUCUUUGAUUUGGAAAUUAUCUAUCCUCGUAAUGGCGGCAAUCUUUUUUUAGGAAGCGAUGCAUCAACCUCACGACUGCCAUCUUUGAUUCGGAAGUGAAGCAUCAUCUCUACUAUGACAACGACCUUCUUUGAUUUGGAAAUUAUGCUUCCUCGAUUUGGAAUUUACUCAUCUCCGUGGCAGCGACGGUGCCCAUCUUUGUUUCCUUUCCUUCCAGAACAAAGUAUCAUGAACUUGUUUGGUGUGUAUGUGUGUGUUUUUUACAGGAAUGUUUCAGGAAUAUUCUAAGGAACCUCAGUAUUAUUAUUUGCAUGUUUUUUUUUCUAGGAACACAAAAAAUGAUUAUUCUACCAGGAUUUUGCUUAACCCACUGCCUUUUCCUGUCCAGUGUGAAUGUUUUUUAAUUGGAAAAAUAUAUGGAAAUAGGAUUUGCUUUUGAUAGGAUUUGCUAUUAUUGACGGUUUCACAAAAAAAAAACAAGAUAUCCACAAUUUUCAUGUAUAUGGCAAUCUCUAUGGAGGAAAACCAAGAUGGUCGCCAUCUUCAUAUAUGUGGCAAUUUCUUCAGAGGAAAACCAAGAUGGCCGUCUUUACACAAAGCUUGAUUUCUUUCUUGAAUUUUUACAGUUAUUUAGUCCUAAUUUUUACAUAUAUUUUUGGUGUGAAUGUGUGUGUUUUAUCCCAUUUUGAUAUUUAUGUAUAUAUUAUAUAUAUUAAAAAUAAGACUUUUUAAAGUGCCAUAA